AGUUUAAAGCUUUUUCUGGUUGUCCUCGCCAUGGCUACAUCCGCAAGCGCAUCUUGGUUCAACUCUAGCAAGUUUGGUGGGUGUAGAACUACACGAACUAUGAAGACCUCAAAUUGCCUGUCAGAACCAGGAAAUACAGUGCCUACGGACUACAUUGAUGACGUCACAACAAUCAGAGGCGUGGAUACGAGUGUGUGUUACAGUAAUCCGUGCAAGAACAACAGUAAUCACACAGUAUGCACUGCGUCAGGGGACUCGUUUGAAUGUGUCUGCCCAAGUGGGUUCAAAGGUCAAAUGUGUGAGAUUGAUAUCAACGAGUGUGAAAGCAAUCCUUGCCAAAAUGGAGCGACUUGUAAGGACCUUGUCAAUAAAUACAGAUGCCAUUGUUUUCCAGGCUAUAUGGGACAUCAAUGCGAACUGGAUUCGUCAAUUGCCUUUCUUCUGAAGGGAAAACGUAUUUUCGCGUGUAGCUUGAAGCCAAAUAAGUCUCUUCUGAAUAACACUUUCACCGAGCUCCCUAUACAUGGUUUGGAGAAUCCCCAUUCCUUGGCUUACGAUCCAGAGGACAGAAUGGUGUAUUGGGCAGAUAGGACCAGUGCGACCAUCUCUAGGGCCACAAUUAACGGAACUUUUCAUGAGAAUAUCCUAGGAAAUUUGACAGGUAAGCCUCGAUUUGACAUCCUUCAAUUAGAGUUUUGA